AUGGAAGAAUUCUUAAAUUUAUCAAAUAUUGAAAUCAGUAAAUUGGUUUCCGAAUCUGGAAACAAAACAAUGCUCUACAGUCAAAAUGCCAUUAGAAAACUAUUGGACCACUUACUCAUGAUUUUUGAACAUGGAAUUUCCACUGUUAUCUACCCAAUGUGGUUCUACACUCUUGAAAUGAGAGGACCAGAGUAUGUUCCAAAGUUUAUUGGAUAUCUCCAAGGUUUAAAAUCGCUCCUACUUGAACCACUUUUAUUGCAAGCCUACAUGAAAGCUGGUAUCCGUAUUAUUUUCUAUGGUGAAUUCAGAGAGUUGUUAAUGAGAGAAAACGAUACCAAACUCAUUGAAGUAUUCGAAAGAAUCAUGGAAAUUACCAAGAACAAUACCAAGAAAGUUGUUCUCUUUGGUACCAACAUCCAAGAUCCAUCGACAUUGAUUAUUGAUAAAUCAAUUAAUUUCUUCAAAAAGAAUAAUAGAGAACCAACAAAAUCAGAAUUGAUUAAAGAAUAUUAUGGAGUAGAAGUUGAAGAAGUUUCAUUUUACUUUGGAUUCGAUAGAUUUUCUACUGAUGGUCGUCCAAUCUUACUCUGUGAUAAGGGAAAUGAGGAUUUAUAUUUCUCAGUCUCUCCACACAGUUUCUUUACACAAAAACAAUUAAGAAAGGUUUUGUUCGAUCACCUCUUCUGUAGAUCUGUUGCCAAUGCCAAGGAAUACCAAUUAAAAGUAAUCGAUGUGGAGAUUAUGAAAACAUUCUACACAAUGAACACUGGAAACACAAUGGGUGUCGGUGAAGUUCAACCCUACGGUCAAUACUGGUGUCCAUUGCCAGAGGUCAGAAGAGUAAAUACCAUAUCGGGAUCCAGCUCUUUCUCUGAAAUCAACUUGGUAUCUUCGAGCUCAUCGAUAUUGACUUGCAGAUCAUCACCAAGUUCACCAAGUUUAAUUUCAUCACCACCAAGAUCCAGAAAGAAUUCUGGGGGAUCUGCCAAUCUCUUUAGAGCUAAUCAAACCAAAUUCAAUGUUUUUAGUCAAAUGGAUAAUCAAAAACAUAUAUUUGUUAAUCUAUCACAUCUAUUGUUAUCAGAGAUAUUCAAUAAGUUUGAAGAUAUUGAGGAUAGAAUUAGGUUUAGUUUAACUUGUAAAAGAUGGUAUAAUGAAAGAGAACACUAUUUUAGAUUUAAUGUUGAUUCAAUUAAAGGACCUGUCGAUGAUCAAUCAUUAACUUUAAAUAAGAUAGAAGAUAUUAUCAUUCAUAAAUCUGUUAAUAAAAUAGAGUUUUGGUGGUUUGAUGAUAACAUUAUUGCAAUGGAUGAACCAUUCAUUGAGAAGUUAGCUCAUUCCAAUGUUAACAACCUAGUAUUGAAUAGUAAUGUUGUCACAACAUUUAAAAGACUACCAAACAAUAUCAAACAUAUUCAUUGCAACCACAGCUUCGACAUGAAUCAUUUGCCUACUGAACUAGAGACCUUAGAAGUUUCUUCACAUCAUUCAAAGGAACACCAUUUCUAUAUAACAGCACUACCCAAAACUUUAAAGUACUUUGAGCUAUCUCGAACGAUACCACCUAUAGUAAUCAAACCACUCCCACCAAAACUUGAAAUGUUCGUAUUCUACGAUAAUGCCUAUACACAUCUAGAUAUUCCAUUGAUACCAUCGACUCUACAUACUUUGGAGGUUUCCUUUGGUUUUUGGAAGAAUCUACUAUUGAAUUAUUCAGAUGUAGAUGAACUUAGAUCGAUUGAGUAUAUCCGACUGUACAUUGAAUCCGAUGUUCAUUUAACAAAAUCUCUCAUUCCAAUUUCAAUCAAACAUCUCAUACUCGAAUUUGAUGAUGACGAAGAUGUAGACCUUACAUUUGAAAAAGAUUUGUUUAGCCAGUUCAAUCGUUUAGAAUCACUGAAAUUCAAAGGAUAUUUUCGUCGCUUAAAGUUUGGUCUAUUGCCACCCAGUUUGAAAAUACUAGAACCACCAAGAGCAGACGGUUUCAGCUAUCCAGAUAACGAUCGGUUUUUCAUAUCCAAUGUUCAUAAAUUAGAUAAACUUGACCAGAUUGUUCCGAAACAUUGUAAACAUCUAUCAUUUAAUAGUCGCAUCCGUAUUCUUCUUUUACCUGGAAUGAUUCCAAACUAUAUUGAAACCAUUGAAUUUGAAGAGUAUUGUCAAGUUAAAUUACAAGCAGAUUCAAUUCCUCCAAAUAUUACAACGAUCACAAUUCGACCGACGAUCACACUACCCUCAUCAUUACCAACCACCAUCAGAACCAUUUAUUUUGAUGACACUAUAACACAUAUUCAAUUUUCAAGAUUGGAUGAUCAUUACUUUAUUCUGAUAAAAAAACAAACAAACCUUAUCAAAUUGGUUUAA